AGGUAAAACUCAUUGAUUCAACAAUUUUUACAUGGUAGUUCACCAUAAUAUAUCUCUUAUCUAUGAUAGUUCACUUCUCGUCUAUGGUUCACUUUAUCAUUGACUAUAAAAAAAUAGGUUGCUAGGAUAAAGUUGUUGAGUCAAUAAUUUUAAAUUAUGCUUAUAAUGGAAAAAGAUUGGAUAACGUUGUUAAAAAAUGCCAAAAAAACAUGUAUUAGUCAAAAUAAUUUACGAAAAGUUCAUUACGAACUAGAAGAUGGUCAGGAAAUGGUUGAAGAAUAUAAUAUGGAUACCGAGGUUUUAACACGAAGAGCAUGGCGAAAAAAAUCAAAAAUUAAAAGCAAUGAUGAAUGGGACAUAGAGAUUGGAGAUCCUGAACCAAAGUUAGCUGAAAAUGAAUCACUUAUUAUUCAAGAAAACUCAAACCAGCCGUUCAUUACCAAACGAAUUACAAAAAAAAAUAUUGAAUGGAGAAUAAGAAAUUUAUCAUAUCCUAUAGAAACGUACAAUGUAACAGCUGAUAGUACUAAGAAUAAGAUAAUAGUUAGCACAUCCAACAAAAAAUAUUAUAAAGAAAUUAGUAUACCAGAAUUAAAACGAGUCAAUCUGUUACCAGAGCAAAGCAGUCUGUGUAUUUCACAUAAGUUUAAUACUUUAAUUAUAACUUAUAAAAAACCAAACAAAUUUUUGGAAUUAGAAAACAUAAUUUUUGAGGAAGUAAAGAAGUUAGUACCUAAAAAUGAUGGAGUAGGUGAUUGCAAACAAAGUUAAAAAACAUUUAAAAUUAAUAUUUAAACAGUGGGUUUAAUUACUAAAUAUAGUUUUAUAUCUAUGAUGA